GUUGUUAAAGAACUGCUGAGUUCUGAGAACUGUGAGGGAGUUUGUUAUGUUUUGAAAAUGGGCGGUUGAUUAAAGACGUCAUGAUAAUUCUUAUUCAUUAUGUGUAUUUAAUAGCACGUUGCCUUAAGGAGUAUGUAAUGAAAUCCUAUCGUAAGAAACGUGUAGAUCAGAAUAAUUCAUUGGAACAAAAUGUUAUUGUUUCCAGUGACGUUAUUUGCGAUGAUUUAGGCAUAAGGUUUAUACCGCCAGUGUACGUGCAACGGUACCUGGCAGUGUGUAAAAUUUUGGAGGAAGAUCGUUGGUGUGGAUCAAUCAAGAAGGUGAUAGAUUUUGGGUGCGCGGAGCUGGGGUUCUUCCCCUACCUGAAGAACGUGGCGGGCGUGGAGGAGAUGCUGGAGGUGGACGUGGACCGAGAGCUCCUGAGGCACUACAAGUGCCGGGCGGCGCCCCUCACCUCCGACUACCUCAAGAAGAGGCACGACCCCCUCGCCGUCCACGUGCUGGUCGGCAGCGUAGCGGAGCAGGACUCCCGCCUCCGGGGCUCCGACGCAGUCGUCUGCAUCGAGCUUAUUGAGCACCUGUACCCCGACACCCUGGAGGCCUUGCCGUACACUGUGUUCGAGUACAUACGACCCAGGGUGGCCAUCUUCACAACACCAAACUCAGAGUUCAACGUGCUGCUCCCCAACCUGCAAGGGUUCCGGCACGACGACCACAAGUUCGAGUGGACCCGAGAGCAGUUCGCGUGCUGGGCACACAACCUGACGACCAGGUUCCCUCGGUACAGUGUGAGCUUUGUGGGCAUCGCACCAGGUCCGGAGGGCUCCGUCCGGUACGGGUGCUGCUCACAGAUGGCAGUGUUCGUCAGGGAUAGCUCCGACUUGCCUCAAGGUGUCGAGAUUGUUGAUCCAAAUAUCAAGGAUGAAAAUGUGUAUGAGUUGCUAGAGACGUACCUGUAUCCCUUUGAAGUGGACACUCGCACAGUGGAGGAAAAAAUACGAGACGAAACUAUUUACUACAUUAGUUCCUACGGCUCAAGUCACAUGUACGACACUGAGAACGACGAAGCUCACAUACCACUCGAUAUGCUAAUGCCGUUAGUGAAGAAGUGGUGCAGCUCCAUCGACAAGUUGAGGGAAGUCCUGGAGAACUCAUGCUGGCAGGUGGUGCAGUCCCGUGGGAAGCUGUGUGUGGUGUACACGCACAGGCGGUGGUCAAACUGGCUGGACAGCGACGAUCAAGAUGCCGAGGAGGAGGUAGCGAUGGCAUCAGCGUGCGAGCAGUUGACUCCCGAGCCCGAGCUGCGUGUGCAGGAAGAGACGGCCUGGGAUCCUCCCGAGGCACUCGGCGACGUGGACCGGUGUUGGACGCUUGACGCAGCACCCUCCGGUCAGGGUGGCAGGGCAAGCAGUGUUGCUGAGGGAGACUGGGGAAGUAGCGAUGGUUGGAUGCCUGAGAACAUUGUGCAAGAGGGAUCAUCAGGUGAAGGUGUGUGUGAAACAUUUGCGCUUCAUGCAUCAGAGUGCAGUGUGCUGCGCAGCGAGGAACAUUGUCGUGCAGAACAGGAUGGUGUAACAACAUUAUACAGCGGUGACGGUGACGUUUCUGUUCGUUGUGAUAUUUCCAGUGAUAAAAAUAUUCUUAAACAGUGCCCUGACAAUACUUGUGACCAAGGUCUAACAGAUGUCUCGAAAGACUGUGAUGCUUGUGGUGACAGUUGUGAUAGUGCAGUCACGGUGCUGAAGAAUGGCCACGUGGCAACCGACGAAACGAGCGUGGACGACAGCGCGCCGGUCAUCGAGAGCGGCAGCAUCUCGGUCACGCAAGUCUCCGACGUGAUCCAAACUGCGGCGGACCUUUCGGGCGGUUACGGGUCGGGCAAGAGUUGCUCGAAGAGGAGCGAGCACGCCGAGCGGGAGUGUGGAUUGCCCUGCGCCCAGGGCAAGAGACCGAGUCGCAGCCUGGAUGCGGCCUUGGAGGAAGGCUCGACCGUCGACAGCUGCAGCCUGGAGGAGCAGAACGACAGGGCGGCGGACAGCGGCUACCCCAACUCGACGGACAUGGACCUGGACCUGACGCCGGAGCAGGUGGACGAGAUCUCGACGGAGAACGACGUCCAGCUGACGGGGAACUCCAGCCUGGACGAGGACUCGGAGUACGAGGGGUCGGCAUCGGGCAGCGAGGGGGAGGGGGCUCCGGUGCUGCACCUGCCGGGGGAAGUGCUGCUGGACGCGGGGCCCGGGGGCAUGGAGAACGGGGACGUGGCCAACAACAACCAGGACGAGGAAGGCAACCACGCGGAGGCUGCAGCCCCUCGCGAGGGAGACGUGGCGGUCGCGGACCUCGCCGCGAUGCUGGACCUGGAGAACGAGAACGACCCGGUGGAGGACGAGCCCUUCCCUGACUGGCUGCUGCGUCUCCUGGGCGUGGCCGGGGCGCCCGCGGAGCCGUGGUCCGAGGACGAGGACAGCAGCAGCGUGAGCAUGCACGACCCGGAGCCCGGCCCCAGCUCGGCCGGCCUGCCGGGAGCCGCGGCCGACACGGCUCCGUAACGAGACUGGUGGCACGUUCGCACUUUAUCUUGCCUUUUCACCACUUGAACAGUUACCAUUCAUUUGAGUUCCUUUAAAAAAAAAAUUUCUUCAUAUCAUUGCUAAGUGAAUCUGUUAGUGGUUCUAGCUAGUUUUUUUUUUGACAGUGGUGCUACUGAUAUAUGUAAUUUUUCACAAUGAUUACACUCAAAACAAAAUAAUUUCAUAGUGUAUAUAAUAAUAAUUUUUUAUUUUAAAGUCGAGAGUAUUUUUAUUUCUCUGAAAAAGAAAACUAAUUAGUAGGUCUUCAGACAUGCCUAUAGCCUGUCAAGGAUUUUAUCGUACUACUUGAAUUUUUGGUCCCUAGGUGCGCAGUUUCCCAUUGGUCGUACACAUCUUUGUGUCCUGGACUUGUUUUUGAUGAGUGUGAUUUUUGGUUUGUUUGUGAUUCUAGUAUGAUGGUGUGGACGUUAUCAAAGCGGUGGAUUGUUACAUUAGUUAGAUAGGGGAUGUUGAAAAGCACCAUUUAUUUUACUUCGUGUUGUGUGAAAAGUUAUUAAAUAUUCAUUCUAGUUAUUUUGAGGAUGCAACCUAAAUACAUAUUAUAUACCCAUAAAACAUUUUUUUUGUGGGAAUGUUUUGGAAGUAAUUUUAACAGCACUUUAGGAAGAACAUUUUUGACAAGUUACCCUUAAAAGCUGUGAAAGUUUAAUAAUUUUAUUAUUAAAAUAAUUAUAAUUUUUGACAGUUUUUAUGCAGUAUGAAAAUAAAUGCCUUAUUUUAGAUGUUACAUCACUGAAAUUUUCAAUUAUAGUUUUGAGAUGUAUGACUAAUGCUAUAGCUAUAGGAUAUUUCUUUGUGUGCCAGAGAGACCCUAUUUUAACUAAUCUUGUCUCCCACUUGCAUUAUAUGCUGACUAAUCAGCAUUGUGGUACAGUCAUGUGUAUUAUUCGGGUUUCAAGAGAAAUUUGAAAUAAAUUUUUCUAAUGUGUAAGGUUGCUUGACUAUUAAUUGAUAAGUCAUAAGAGCCAAUUUAAACUCAGAUACCAUUAAAUCUUAAUUAUUUUAAAAAUUUUAUAUCUAAGGUAGAAGUUUUGAAGAUUAAUAUGUUAGGAAGAGAAAUUCAGUAAUUCAAACUUUAGCACCUAAUCUGGCAAGGACUACAUUAUUUAUCUCUACAGGAGUUAUUAAAGAAAAGUUUUUAUCUGCUGCAAUGAUUAUUUUGGCUUUGUAUUUGCACCAUGGAUGGGUACAGAAUCAUUCUAUAAGAUAAAUUUUAUAAAGAAACUGGGUUUUUAACUUGACUAAGAAGUAGUCCCAAUCUUCGUUAUACAUCAAUAGCAAGACUUGUAAUUUCAAUAAAAAUAUAGGUACCAGCAAAUAGCUAAAUCAUUUCACAAUAAGGAAAAUAUUAUGUUAAAUAAAAAAUUUAAGAAGGAUCAUAGUAAUGCUAAUGACAUUAAUGUAAUUUUCGGUUUAACCAAAUUAACAACUAGUUUCACAGGGAGUUGCACUGAACAUCACAUAAAUCUUAGUAAACCUUUUGACAAUACAACUUAUGAUUCCUAAUGAUACUAUCAUCCAAAUUCAAGUUUGAUAUUCUCAAUCCUUUAUUGUGAAUAGAUAUUAACUAGUGCACAAGUACUAGGAAUGCAAGUUAUUUCAUUGAGUCAAGAAGGAAUACAUUGAUGUGUCUAGUCUAUAGAUAAAAGCAAUAUUGAGUACUCUCAGCUAAACAGGGUGAUGAAGAUAAAUUGAUAGUUGCAAAUAAAUGUAGCACAAGUAAAGUAGAGAAACAAUACUUGGACAAAAUUAAGUAAGGCAAGAGGAAAGUAGAUUAAAUUAUCAGACAAAUCUAAAGUCUUAAGCAGGAUAUCUACAGUCUGGGUGCUAUUUUUCUAAACACAACACAAACAAUUAAACAAUUUCACUAUUCUACAUCAAACCAUUGUAGCAUCAGUUAAAACCUAGUGGUACUUUUGUUGAAAUCCUCUCUAACAAGAAUGUUAAGUCAUUUGGACAAUGAAAAGAUCCUUUGAAGCUCGUUUCUGUCUGCAAUGUCUGGUAAACUGCAGCCAUCGCUGGUAGCUUUGUUGUCUUCAGCCUUGAACUGAAGCAAUGCUAUGAUUCGUAUGUCACUUCAAACAACUAGAUACAGCUUACAAACUGGUCGUUGAACUAAAUGUUUCUGUAUUGUGGAUUUUUGAUAUAAUUGUUCAACUGCAAAGCGUCUAUUAAACAUUUUCACAAUGCACAAUAUCCAGGAACUAAAUGUUCGGAGUUGUAAUACUUAUGUCACUGUAUAAAAACUUUGUUCAUCAAAAGAAAUCAAGUACAAAAUCCUCAAGGUUUAGCCAAAAAACCAUUUUAAAAUCUUCUUAUAACUUUGGAAAUUAUUUGGUUAGGCUUUAACAUAGUAUGUACAUAAUUAGACAUAUUCGUGAUGGUUCUUUUAAUUUCUUUAAGUAUGAAUUACAAUUUAAUAGAAUAAUUAGGAUAGCAGAUAGCCUAUAAAACAAAUCUAAUGUCCAUGAACAUUCAAAGAAUACUAAAUGAUCUCAACAUAACAAGCUUGUUAUGAACCUCUAAUGAGAAGUUAUGGUGGGAAAUUACUUCACAGUGCCACCAGUCACAGUGCUGUGAUGUUUGAUUCACACUACAGAGAAAAUUUUUUAAAGAAAAGUAAAUUGUUUAUAUCCUAAACAUGAAAAUGUUUUUUUUUUUUGUCUUAUUUGAAAAAUAAAAAUUUUAUGGGUGGAAUGUUUUGUUGAAACUUAAAUUUUCUGUGCUCAUGUAUUAUUAUUUUCCCGAGUCUUGAGAUCUAAAUAGGGAUCAAAGGCACUCUUUGAAGAAUUAAAUUCAAAAUUCAGAUUUGAGGAAAAGGCGAUUCAUAUUAUCACUUCUUUGAACUAGGUAAUAGGUAUUACAUGACUUCGUAAAUGAGCCUUAUCCAUUUAGUUUACUUUGGUCCCCAUAAACAGCACAUAAAAUGUUAAGAGGUGUGGGUCACGGGUUACAUUUCAACUCCUGCAUGCUUCUGUGGCUCAGUUUGUGAACACAAAUGGUUCAGAGCAUAUCUCACACUUGCCUUAUUUAACAGUGCAAGCAUAAAAGCUACCUUUACUUUUCAUAAUUUGCUAAUCAAAGUUUGUGUCUUGUAAUGAUUUAUUUUAGUGUUCAUUUACAGUUUACCAGCUUUGUAGUAAUUAUACAUCAUUUUGUAACAUUUGUGCAAGUUGAUAGUCAAGUCUCACACUGUAAUGGGAAAUUUCUGAUUUGUCUGUACAAUUCCAUUGGAUGUAAAAUUCUUCUGUUUUGUUUAUUGUUUUAUUUUAUCUGGUUUUUGCUGUGUGGGGUGAAUUUGACCAACACCCAAAAACUAAGCCGCAUUCCUGAUGGCUCGUGCGUCAUAAGUCAUUCCAGCGGCAAUAUGAUUGUGAGCAAACCUUAAAUACUUAUACUAAGUAGUUUAUAAGUUUUUAACUAUUAUUUGUUUUUGUAGCAUAAUACGUGUAAUUUUUAUGCAAAUACUUGUUAAUGAAAUUUUUUGAAACUGUUUUGUACUGUUUUCUGUUCUGUGUUAUUAGAUUAAAUCUGAUAAUACAGAGCGGCUCUGGCAGGGCCGUAAAGAGAAACUUAAGGGGUUAAGAAUAAUUUUGUCCCAAUUAUUUAAUACUACAACUUUUUAAACUCCACAAUUGAAAAAUAAUAAUACAAAAACUUGUAAACAUUACAUUGGACAUAAUGUGAUGUGUAUGUAUCGCAUAUAUUGUAAGAUUUCCUAUGAGUUUUAUUAGCAAUCUUGAAACUCGACCCCCUUGCCUUCUUAAAGUCCCUUCACCAUCCUCUUUUAUGGCUCUGUGGAAUGUAUUCUUAAAUUCAAGGCCAAGAUUUUGGGCAAAAUAUAAUUGAAAAUGUACUCUGUUAAUUGUUGACGCCAACAUUUUAGGAAUGUGUAGAAAAUAGAUUUUUAUAACCAA